AUGAAUUUCAAUUAUCCAGAAUUUUUAAAGGACAGCUCACAGAACGACGAGCAGAGCUCGGAUGGCAACCUUCGUGGAUUUGGUCACUUGGGUGAUGUCAAUAGCAGAGAGUUUAAUGCACUGCUUUUAAAGAAGUUGGAAGGUAUCGAUGAAUCUCCAUUGGGUGAUGGACAUAUUAAUUUUGGCGGACCUAAUGGCGUUAUGGCUAAUAAUUCGCCAUUUACACCAAAUUUCGGGCCUCAAAAGGACGCCUUCAAUUUGCCCAGCGAAUUGAAGGGAGGCGUUGGCAACAUAUCCUCUAGGCGGCCCAGUUAUGCUGCUGAAUCUAUCACAAGGUCAUCAGGAUUUGCUAACCAGAAUAUAUAUGGACAACCUAACAAUUUGGCGUCUUUGGCAGUCUUGAAUAGUAUGAAUCACAAUCCACAAUUUCUGCCGUUGGGUUUGAAAGGUUUAAAUGAAGGCUUUGCAGAUAUUAAUUUGAACUCUGGAUUCGAUGACUUUCAAGCAAGAAGGCCAAGUCAAUUGGUUGAUUACAUGUCCCCACCACCAUCGCAAUCUCAGCAACCAAUUAUGGCGGAAAUGCUUGCUCAUGGUCCUAAAGGAAAUAUAAAAACACCGCAUGCUCCAUCUACGAGCUCUGGUGUUCCGGGGAGUGCUGUAGCACCUGCUCAAAUGGCUCCUCCUGCGGUAGCGCCAUCAAAUUCUGCCCCUAAUUCUACCUCUAGGGCCCCUGAAGCUGGCAGUCAGGCCAUUAAGUUAGAAAAUGGACUCAUUCUCAAGGAUCAAUAUAUUGUUGCGUCUCCUGAGUUGAAACAACUUUAUUUGAAAACUAUGAAUUAUUAUCAAAAUCCUGAACUUUCGAACAAAUUCAUCUAUCAGUUGAAUUCAUUAUUGAGUAAUACGGUGAUCGUGAAGUUAGUUCAGUUCAUCAAAAACCUCAAUAAUUUGACGUUCAACCACAAAAUCCUUUGUUUGGUGGUCAAUAAAAAUGGCAAACUUGAUUCGUUAUCGUACCCGGAUAAUUCUAAUAUUUUUUUACAGAAAAAUGAUCUAGUCAUCGUUGAUGGAGAUAGAGGGAAGGAUUUGGUGAUGAUUUUAGAACCUUUGGUGAAUUUGAAUUUCGCUAUCUUGUUUAAUUUCCUUAAAAAAAUAGAGCAUCUCAAAAGCUUGUCUAUUAAUGAUGAACAUCAUACUAAGUCGGGCACGCACUCAACUCAACUAAAUGCUUCUUCGAUUGUUAAUAACCACUCAAACGAAGAUAAUGAGUUUAUAAUUUCCUUACCAACUAAGCAAGUGUUGAGAUUUGCUACACCAAAAGAAGUUCAAAAAAUAAGUGGGAAGUUUUUAGAAGAGAAAAAGGCAUUCACUACUUGUUUCAAUAAAAUUAAAGAACUUAAUUUGCAAAAUGAUUUGAGAUUGAUCAAUGUUGAGUAUCAAUCCGAUUUUAAAAAGUUGAUAUUCUAUUAUUUCGCCAACUUCAAACGAAUCGAUUUUAGGGGCUUAAUUAAAGAACUCUUCAAGAUUUACAAAACUAGAAUUUGGUUGUGUGCUGUGUUACCCUAUGAUAACCCUAAGUCUUAUUAUAGUGUCAUUCCUUUCAAUACUGGAAGUAUGCAAUGUGACAAUGCAUUCCCGAAGGAAUACGAACUUUCUAAUGAUCAAAUUUUGAAUUUCUCUAUCGACGAAUUAGAAAAUGCUGCCGCCCCUAACUACUUCCAUACGAUUAACUUAUUGAACUUAGUGGGGUUUGUGUCAGAAGAAAUAACAGGGAAUUUUUAUGGCUUCAAUAACCCAGAGAGGGCGGUUGAGAAUCUUAAAUUAUCUAUCAACAAGGCAACCUCUUCGAAGACCCCCAAUCCUUGUCUCAAGGCAAACAAAAUAACACCUAAUUUUAACCCUUUCAAUGACUAA